AUGCCACAGAACCGGCCUGAUUUGCAGUACAGUCAUAAUAUGGCAAACAAUAUGGCAUACCCUAGUCCUUCUCCGCACAGACAACUAAUGCAGCAGCAAAUAGUACAGCAACAGAUGCUUUUAAACCAACAAGCCAGGUCACAAGAAAUACUGACAUCGAGUCCUCAUACACGAUCCCAGCCUCAAGCAUUAGGUGCAGACGCCUUAUAUCAACAAUAUGGACCUCCAGGACGAAGAAGCGCCCUCUAUCAACGAGACGUCGACGUCAGAUCUAUGGCCAACUUUACUUCUUUAAAGACCGGCACUCAAACUCAGUGUGAAAAUUCGCAUUCUCGACCAGAUUUAAGAAGUCCUCAGCAACUGGAAAGAGAAAUUAUUCGUCAAAGAGGCUUCGUUGAAGGCAGACGAGCUUCAUCACAUCCUCACCUUCUAGACGAACAACAACCCAGACUUGAAUUAACAUCUCCUCCUAUUCGUGACCGCUCUCGAAGAAACUCACAUGGAAAUCUACUGGAAGGAGUGAGUGAAAUCGAACAUCAACAUAACCGUAUCGAUGAACGGGAAUCUGAUGACGGGGGAUUCAGAACACGACUUGCUGCUCAAGAAAGAUCAAGUCUUGAAGAUCGAAUAAGAACAAGCGGUCGAUCGAUUGAAUCUCAAAGAAUGCAAGAAAAUAUUUACAGAAGAACUCCAGAAAUACACAAAGAACGCAGAACGCCUGAAAUUCAUAGGGAAAGACGAACACCUGAGAUACAUAAGGAAUCUCGUAAAACGCCUGACUCUAUAGGACAGAAAACAAAAGAUGAGCAAGGAAUGUCUUCGAAUCAUGUGGAUAGGAAUGAUGAAAGUGUGAGUCAAAAGUCGGCUGAUAGCGUUUACAAUUCUAGCGGAAAAAUAGAAGCUUGUCAACCAUCGUCUUCAAGACAAACCCCAAAUAGGAUAGAAGACCUCAAAGCACAUGGGAAAAAGGGGGCCGGAUCUGGGGCUAGUUCAGAUUACGACAAAAACGGUGGUCAAUCAUCCAACGUAGAUUCUGGAAGAGGCAGUGUAGCGUACUCAAGUGGACGAAGACCUGAAGCUUUGCACGAUACUUCAGCUGAUUCGGAUGCGGUGGGACAUUCUAGAACGCAGCCACAACCAGGCACCAGCCAGCAGAUUGCAGGACCGAGUGGCGAGAAUGAAUGGGCAGAUCUGGUGGAGUGUGAGUUACGGCAGAUCUUGGAGCCGAAGCUGGCCGGCAUGCGACUCGACUCAUCAGGCAGCUCUGACAGCUCCGUGACACCUCCCCUACCGCCUCUCUCACCAUCCUCCGACAUGCAUAAAAGAAAUAGUCUUCCAGGGAGAUCAUCCGAGUACCCUGAUGAGCGACGGCGAGGUCGGGACUCACCUCGUUGGCAUUCUCACAAGAAACAUUCAUCGAAACGGGACCACCAUUAUAAAAAACAUCUGUUCGGCUUAGAUACCACCGAUAUGACAUCAACAACGACUCGCAGCCUGGAUCUUUCGUCACUUCUGGACGGGAGAACAGACAGUGAUGCGUCCACAGGAGAUGCGAGAGCUAUUAGAAGGCAGCUUAGAGGAUUAGAGAACAUGUAUGCUGAAGUUCUACAACUGCUAGGUGUAAGGAAACCAGCGAGUUUGUCCAAGCAUCCUACAUGGGAAUCGAGGUUAUCAUCAAAGCGUCGCUAUGGCAGUAUGUCAUCGUUGCCGUCGAGUUCUGUGAGUAGCCGUCCUGCACGUGACAAACGCCGGUCUAGCAACGAACAUAGAAAGAAGAACGAUCUCAAGGGUAUCAACAAACGCUUUCAACGUCUGGAGUCACACGUGGUGACGUUGGCGCGAUCCGUAGCUCAUUUGUCGAGUGAGAUGCGCACUCAACACCUCGUGAUGCAAGAGAUGGACAACAUACGGGCAGAGAUAGCCGCACUCAGGCACAUGUACAAAUCGCAGCAGUACAUCAGGUCGGGUCAGCGGCCCUCAGAUCCGUACUCGUUCAGUAACCCGGACCGCGUCAAGCGACUCACAAAGUUCUUCGGAGACGAGCCACCUCUCAUGAGGCUGUUCCUCAAAAAACUCGGAUAUGAGAGAUACGCAGCAUUGCUGGAAAAAGAGAAAGUGGGUGCAGCAGAGCUGCCGUAUGUGGGCGAGGACAAGCUGCGGGCGCUGGGCGUGCCGCUCGGGCCGCGCAUGCGGAUCCUCAAGGAGGCGGGACUGCACCACCACCUGCAGCUGCCCAGGGACGACCCGCACAACACCACCACCACGCUGGCUAUCGUCUGA